GCGCGGCGUCUCGCGAGAGCAUCCUGCAGUGUUCAACGAAGAGUCACGUCUCUGAAAAUGUUUAUUAUUUAAACUGUACUUUUUUAUGUACACAGCAGUUUUUGAAGUGUUACGCCAUGUCAUUAAGGAAGAGGAAAAAAUAUUCCAAGGACAUCAAGUGCGUUUUCUUUCCGGAUGAAGUAGGCCGCAGUGUGCAGAGAGCUGUGAAGGACACUGCUCUUUCUGUUGCAUCUUCCACCAAGAGCUGGGCAAAGUGUGGGGACAGUUUUGUGGAUACUCCAGUCAUAAAGAAACCCAAAUCAUCAGGAAGGACUUUAUCUGCCGUAAGAAACGUGUCUCAGGCUCUGGCUUUAGGUCCCUCUGAACACACAGAAGAGCCUUUGCACAUUGCUUGGAGCGACAGUGAUGAGUCCGAGGAACAGACCAAACAGCAAAAUGUUUUACAAGUUCUCCCCAAAAAACACUCUUCGAAAACAAAGAGAAGUCUUGCUCCAUUUCAGUCAUACACCAGCGCUCUGAAGUUACUCACACACAAUGAUGAGGAGCCUCCUGUUAUCGACACUGACAGUGAUAUCGUUCAAUCAGAAGAAGAAGUGGAAGGAGAUAGUGGGCAACAGAUUUCUGACUGUGACUCAAACGUGUCCAAUGAAGAGGCGUCUUCUAGCCCCAUAAAACCACUGGAGAUCGAAAUAUCUGGCUACAAAUCUGAUGAGCCGAGUGACGUGAUGGCCUCUGGUACACGGGACUGUGGUGAGGACAGGCAGAGGUCGGUCAGCCAGUGGGCCCGGUCUGCUCAGGCAAUGCUGCAGACACCUCAGAAAGUCACCGAAAAACAGUCUAAGACCCCCGAAGACUCCGCCAAGAAGAGGCGGAAGUUUCAAAGUGGGGGGUUGGCAGAGCGGCUUCAGCGGCUUCAGUGCAGGCAGAGGUCGGCCAUAAGCUUCUGGAGACACAAGUUGGUCUCUGAGAACUACAACUCCACAACAGUGGACAGGCCUGGGGUGCUGGCCUUGGAGGUUCAGGAGGUCCAAGAGGAGUGCAGCAUGCGAGUGGUGCGAUGUAAGCUCCACCUCCCCCUAACAGAGGGCCACCACGACAGCCAGGCCCCCCCUGAAGAAAGGACCCCAUUACUGGUGUUAUUCAAUAAGGAAACUGCGGCACAGCUUAACCCGCUCCCAAAAGACAUCAUUCACAUAUACCCGCCAUGGCAGAGUCUUUCCAUUGAAGGCGUGGACUAUAAGAUUAUCCUGAAUACCCACUUUAGCCAGAAAGUCUCCUGUUCUUCUCCAUCAGCCAUCACAUCUUUGCCAGGCUUAACCACGCUCAAACGCACGCCAUAUUCGCUUGAUAAGGUUUUCGGGCUGUUGGAGGAGUGCACGACAACAGAGCAGCCCAACAAUAAACCGGGAAUCCAUCUUGCCGUUGGGGACUCUUUGAAUGGACCAGGCCAUUGUCAGUCUCUCCUGGAUGCCAUAGAAGCCCUGGGGCAGGCGGGCAGUGUGGGGCAGACUGUGGAGGUGGUGGUCCAGAGGGUCUACUCCAUCCCAGUACCGAACUCCUGUUCUGGGUCAAUCCUCAAACAAAGAAUCAAGUCCUCCACUGCUCCUCCAGAUGCUGAAAACCGAACCAGGCUGUGUGUGCUGGUCCAGGACAGCUAUGGGAUGUUCAGCGUGGUUCAGUUGCACCUGUUGGGCUCCAGAGAUGACCUUCAGAAGUAUUGUGAGAUGUGGCAGGGGCGAACCUGCCUGCUGAGGGCCAUUAAAGUGGUACAGCGCGUCACACGAGAGAGACACGCCCGGCUGUUUGGACUGAUUGACAGUCUCUGGCCUCCCUUGGUACCAGUGAAACAUCAUGGAGACUCCGCUCACGUGCAGAAUGAGAGCUGUGCCGUAGGUCCAGCUCCGAGUUUCUGCUACUUACUCUGUGGUCAGGAGACUUCUAUAGAGACCAGCGAGGACCAGUCUGACUCACCGCUUUACGUUCCUCCAACAAAACAAACUUUAAAGGAACUCCUGCAGACUGAGCAGAAAUGUGGUCGCUGCAGUUUCGUCGCGUCAGUUCUGUACACAAAAAAAGAGAAGGCUAAUGUAGGCCAGGGCGAGAUGUGGUUAGCGCUUACAGACUGGAGCCUACAGCAGCAGCAGCAGCUCGAGGGCCCCUUGAGGAGAACAGUGACCGCGUGCGUCAGCUCUUCCUGUGUGCUCACUUCCUCUGUCCUUGCCGCUCUAAACGAGCCCAACGCCUGUCUCAUAUCGCUCAGAGAUGUCAUCAAAGAACAUGGCAUGUUUCUGUGUGCGGAGCAGUCAGUCAUUGAGCUCUGCACUUUGACCACGGAGCCCACGGUCCAGUCCUUGCUGGGGUCACUUGGUAAACCGGUGCAACUGGAUUGUCUGGAUCUGGAGGUCAGGCCUAGCACCCUCUGCACAGUCUCUGGGGUGAUAGUCGAUGUGGAUGAAAACACCUCCUAUUCUUGGCCUGCGUGCAACCACUGUGGAAGUGACCACUUGGAAAUGCUGGCUCAUCACAGGUUCCUAUGUGUCUCAUGUGAAUCCAUUUUGGACAAACCAGAGACAAAGGUUCAACUUGAAGUCGUCCUGAAGUCAUCAUUAAAGGACUGCACUGUAAAAAUAAAGCUGCAGAAAAAGACGAUCUUGUCCCUGUUGAACAUGGCCGAGCUGGAGGGGGGAGAGUUCCCAGAGUAUGAUGUUGAGAGCGUCCUGGGAAAGGAGCUGGGCCCCCUCAACGCUUACGUCCGACUUAUCACAAGGAAGCCCUCUCUGUGGAUAGGCCUGGAAGAAAUCAGUCUGUGAGGAUGUUUGGCUCCAAGGAUCUGGACUCUGGGAUCUGGCUCUGUGUGUGCUCUGGGCUCUGUGUGUGCUCUGGGCUCUGUGUGUGCUCUGGGCUCUGUGUGUGCUCUGGGCUCUGUGUGUGCUCUGGGCUCUGUGUGUGCUCUGGGCUCUGUGUGUGCUCUGGGCCCUGUGUGUGCUCUGGGCCCUGUGUGUGCUCUGGGCCCUGUGUGUGCUCUGGGCCCUGUGUGUGCUCUGGGCCCUGUGUGUGCUCUGGGCCCUGUGUGUGCUCUGGGCUCUGUGUGUGCUCUGAGGUCUGUGUGCUCUGGGCUAAGGGCUCGGGCCUCUUCCCCUUCGAAGGCCUCCGCUCCAGUGAACAGGCUGCAGGAGACAAGGUCUUGUUUGUGUUAAUGAUAUGUGAUCCUGUGGCCCGGGAGUUGACAGCCCAAGGGCGGACCAAUCGCAUGGAGCCUGUCAAAGCAGCCCACGUGUUUGUGCUCUGCUCAGAAACAGGUUUAGAGUCACUUCAGUAACUACUGAAUGGUGCUAAGACUUUGUAAAUAAAUUUCCUUCUUUCUUACUGUUGUCUUUGAUCUCAUUUUUAACUCUAGAGUUUACCUGUAGUUUGGGAGCU